AUGGGUGGAGCCUCUAAACUGGUGUUCUUGUCUGGAAGAGAUCGCAACCCGGCAGACUCCCACGCGAGAGAUUUUGACGACUGCAUCGAGAGCGCACGUCAAACGGCGGUUGAGCGUCUGGUGGCUAGCUCCUCACACGGUGUGUCCUCCUUCGACAUCGGCACAGAGCCAUCGCUCCUCUCCGCAUUCAACGGGAGCUGGAAGAAGCUCGGCGCCGUCCGCCACGUCGCGCAGCGAUGGCCGGGGGGCGCUGACGGCCUCCUGUUGUGGCACGACGCCGACACUGUGCCGAUCGACGCAUCCGGAGUCUCAGUGGUGGAGCGCGCCAGGCGGAUCGCUGCCCUGCAGCCGGGGGUCGACCUCUGGAUGCAGCCCGGCGAAGAGCUCGUCAAGGUGACGCCCGACUACUACUGGCACUCGCUCGAGGGCGUCUCGCUCGCAAGCCUCCGCCACCUCGUCUGGCUCAUCGGGCCCCACGCGCUGCAGGCGUGGCGACGCCGGGGACGCCCUUUGCUUGCGGGCGUGCUCCUCGUGCGGGGUGCCCACUCCUCAACGGCAACCGACGCGCUGCGGUACCGCCACGCGACCCGCGGCCAGCUGGGCGGCUUCUACAACGGCGAGCCCCUCUACUCUGCCCCGCGAGGCCCAGCGAGCGGCGAGGCCCGCGACCAAGGCCCGCUGACCCACCACUUGCUGCAGCGGGCAGAGCGCCCGCACCUCCGCGCUGCCCCUCCCGCGCUGGCCGGCGUGGACCCCUCCUUCAUCCACUUCGCCGGCUGCUCCUUCACCGCGGCGCGCGCCAAGGCGUGUGUGAGGGAAUUCUGCAGACAAGGGCACGGCGCCGACCAGCGUGACCUUCGGGCGAACCUUUCGGGCUUGUUGGUGCAGCGGCGGCAGCAGCAAGCCGUUGCCGCCAGCCGGGAGGCCCGCUCGGCGCUGCCCGUGCAGCUUGCACGCCGCGGCUUCGUUGCGGCCGUCGAGGUCGAGCCCGUCCAUUUGCUGCUCGUCGCCGGCGUCGUUUGGCUGCUGCUGGCCCGUCGCCGGCUUUGCUUUGCCGUGCGCCGCGGAGGACGCGCCGUCGACACAGACGAGUGA